AUGACGAUAACGAUCAACAAUCACAGAAACGUAGGAAGCUUCGAGUUCAAGAACGCCACGGCUUACGUGAAUUAUCGCGGCGGCGUCGUCGCUGAGGUUCCAAUAGGGCAAAAUCUCGUCCCUGCGCGUGGCAAGCUUAACACCACUACUUCGGCCGAUCUUAUGGUCGGAAAAAUCAUCACCAAUCCGGUUUUCUUCGACGAUGUUGCCGCGGGAAGCUUGAAUUUGACCGCAACGGCUGCUCUACAUGGAAAAGUUCGUUUAUUCGAGUUUGUGAAGAUACGUGCCACGGCUCUUAGCACUUGCGACAUCUCCUUUUCAAUUGCUUCUAGGAAUGUGCAGUCUACUUGCAAGUCGAAAAUCAAAUUAUAG